AUGUAUCUCCCUCGGAGCCUAAUUUCUCACCUCUAUCAACAGCUGCUCAGGUCGCAUAACCCAUUAUCUCCUCCGGUCUUGAUUCUCGUUGCGUUGGAGCCAGAUGCUCUAUGUGCUUGUCGAAUCCUUACAGCGCUACUAAAAAGAGACUAUAUACCUCACAAAAUACAGCCUAUCGCUGGAUAUGGUGACCUUUCUCAAGCUGGCGCGGAACUCGUGCACCCAAUGCAUACAUCGAACGGCGGUAGUGGAGGGGUUGUGGUUUGUUUAGGUGUGGGUGGAUUGGUUGAUUUGAGCGAGACAUUGGGCCUAAACGUGAAUAAGGAUGAGCCGGGAGACAUGGGAGGAAUCGACGUCUGGGUCAUCGACGCGCGAAGACCGUGGAAUUUGACAAAUGUCUUUGGAGGAAUGGGUGAACCAGCUACGCCGAGAGAAUCUGAUACCUACGAUAGAGUUGGCGUUGACGGAGUGGAUAGGGGCCGCUUAACCGAUAUGUACAGACCGGGCAAGGGAGGCAUCAUAGCUUUUGAUGAUGGUGACAUUGAUGAGGAGCUUGCUAUGGAACGCGAAGCGUACUAUACUCUCGAGACUCUUCCCGAGAUUGGCGAGGGAGAAAGUGACGACGACGAUGUUGAAUCAGAUGAGGAGGUACAAACACAGGGUAAGAAGAGGAAAUCAUGGUCUGGCCGGUAUGACGGUGAUAUUGCUGCAUCUGAUGACGAGGAUGGCCGCCCAGCCCAACGACGGAGGAGUAAUUCUGGGUCUUCCAUUGCCUCUCCCCUUAGACUAGGAGGAGUAAGACAUGACUCCUCUCAAUCCUCUCGGUCCGGCUCACCAGCUUCCGAUUCUCUAUCUCUAAUUCUCCCAAAAGAACCUUCGACACGCACGCUACGAAAACGCUUAAUCCGACUUAAACGAAAACAUGAAUCUGUUCUUCAAGCCUACUAUUCCCUUGGAACUUCAUAUUCGGAGCCUAUUUCAUCUAUAUUGUAUUCUCUUGCAUCUGAGCUUGGUCGUGAUGACAAUGACCUGCUAUGGCUUGCUAUUGUGGGUGUUUCAAGCCUGGAACUUUCUGGGCGUACAAUGUCCGGUGUGGGCAUAUCAGAUGCUUCCGAAUCAGGAGGCUCAGCUGGAUGGGGCGGACAAAGGGGAGAACGCAUCCGACAAAUACUACGAGACGAAGUUCGGCGUCUAAACCCUCCAGACGAUAACGAGGCUGGACGAGAAGCACUGAGGAGCGAAGUAAACGGGGUCAUACCUACCAACGCGCGGUCCCCAACCGAUACCUCCAUUCUACUCUCCCCAGAACCGCGUCUCUUAUUGCUACGACAUUGGUCACUCUACGAUAGCAUGCUGCAUAGCCCAUAUCUUGCCCCUCGACUGCAUGUUUGGAACGAGACCGGACGAAAGCGGCUACGAAAGCUACUGGCAAAAAUGGGUGUCAGCUUAACUCAAUGUCAGCAGAAUUAUACCCAUAUGGAUAUGGACUUGAAACGUGAUUUACGCCAGAAAAUGCUUCAAUAUGCACCCAUGUACGGCAUGGAAGGGCUGGUCCCUCCUGCGUCCUCUGGUGGAUAUUCGGGGUCGCGUGAAGGAUGGGGCUUUGCUCGUUGUUGGGGAUGGAAGGCCUGUCUGUCUGCUACAGAUAUCGGUGUGAUACUGGGAUCUAUACUCGAGGUCGGCUCUCUAGGUCCAUCUACAACUGUUUCGCAGGCCUUCUCUUCUUAUUCUAGCGAAGCAUUGACCGGUGCAACCCAAGCAGCCAAGUUAGGGGCUGACAGUGCGAAUGUGCUCUCUCGGUUUUGGAGUGCAUAUGACGCUCUAGCUCCUACCUCGGAUUCACCUACACAACUCCUCGCAGCAAUCCCCCUAGCUCAACACCUCCACCGAGCAAUCUUACGAACGGGAACUGCCCUUCUCUCGAAACAUCAAAUUCGCCAUCUUCGUGCUUUCCGCAUUGCUGUGGUGAAAGAGGGACCUGACGUUAAGCUCUUUACAAACCCAGGCGCACUCACAAAGCUGGCCUUGUGGAUUGGUGAGGCUGUCCGUAUACAAGAGAAGGAAAAAGGAACUGGGAUGAAGGUUGGGAAAAGACGGGCAGCAGGCACGCCGCUGGUUCUCGCUGGCCUGGAUGAAGACCGAAAUGUCUACGUUGUAGUCGGAACAGGCGGAGGCGGCGGUGUCAUUGACUUUGCAGCCAUGGCAAAACGACGUGAGGAGCAACGGAAGAAGAAAGAAGCUCGAGAGAAGAAAAAGGCUGAGCGAGAAGAACGACGAGCCAAAAGAAGAGCAGAGAUGCAAGACGAUGACGAUGAGCUGGCUGAAGAAGCAGAGUCCUCCGAAUCGGAGACCGAGUCCGACUCAGAGUCAGAACCGGAGCCAGACAGCUUCAGCAACAAGAACCUGAUACGAAAUCGUUUCGGUAUUGCGUUCCAAGAGGUUGUCCAUGAGACCAAUGCGAGAGUACGAAUAGACAGUUUCGAGCAUUGCGUGGUUGAGGUGCAAAAAGAGGAUCUCGGGGCAUUCCUUGAGGCGCUCAGCUUCAGGAGCGUGGUCGGAUGA